AUGAAAUCUGCAGAAAAAGCUCAGAGAGUGGGCAACUACUCAUCUAGGCAAAUGACUGGUGAUAUCGUAACUAACGUCAAUAGGGAGAGGAGUGAUAUCAAAGUGAGGGAUAUCAAACCGCUCCCCCGUCUUCCGUCCACCAUCGAAUUUAAGAAUGUGGGAAAACCAAAGACCAUUUCAGGACCGUUAAAAUUAAACACUUUCACAGGUCGGCAGAUGAAUAGCCAUUUUGUUACAGAAGUAUGGCCAGCUGAGUUUUUAUGUGAUGUGACGUAUUCGAGUUGGUAUCGCCAAGGAAAAAUCAUUAAACAGAAGGCAUUAAUUAAUGCUUCUUUUAUGUUGUACAUAAGAAAUAUGCUACCGGCAUUGCUACGAAUAUCAUCGUUAACAAGAAUGAUGUUGGUACCGUUCCAUAUGGGUGCAUUUCUCAAGAGCGGAGAAUAUGAAUAUCAGGAUGCAACAUCGGAAAGCGAGAUCAUUCAUGUCAAUUUCAUUUUACACGACGGAGCGGUGAAGAAAGUGAAAGGCAAAGUUGGUGAUAAUGUGAUGUAUCUAGCACACAGGCAUAAAAUCGAUAUUGAAGGAGCGUGUGAAGCUUCGUGUGCUUGUUCAACUUGUCAUGUAUACGUUGAUGAGAAAUUUUAUCAGAAGUUACCCGAAGCAAAGGAAGCGGAGGAUGAUAUGUUGGAUAUGGCCCCCGCGUUGAAGCCUAAUUCUCGUCUUUCAUGUCAAAUUACUUUAACCAAAGAAUUAGAAAAUAUCGUAUUAACUCUGCCACCAAUAACUAGAAAUUUCUAUGUUGAUGGCCAUGUACCGACGCCACACUGA